UUUUCUCCCUUCAGAGGUAAUAAUGUAGUCCAUAUUUUUCGUAACUCGUCACAUAAAUAAUUAAGUAAUGUCCCGUUUUCGUAUCCAUAUUAUAAGAAACACACUCACUGUAAGGUGAAUACCCGUGCACCACUUUAUUAUUGUAGAGAGAGAGAGAGAGAGCUUAUAUUCUUCAGUUCACUACUCCUCAACUAUAAUUCUAGCCACCUCUAUUAUUUCUUCAAAAAAACUGUUUUAAGAGAAAAUGGGAGUGGAAAGAACGAUGGAAUACAUAUCAGAAUUGUUGAAGAUGAGGAGGAAAAAGAAGAAGAAACCAAUGCAGACAGUAGCUCUCCGAGUUGCUCGUAUCGACUGCGAAGGCUGUGAACGUAAAAUCAAACAAAUCCUAUCUGGCGUCAAAGGGGUGAAAUCGGUGGUCGUGGAUGCUAAACAGCAAAAGGUGACGGUGAUGGGAUACAUUGAGCCGAAGAAGGUUUUGGAGGCGGCCAAGUCGACAAGGAAGAAAGUGGAGCUAUGGCCAUACGUUCCAUACACAAUGGUGGCGAAUCCAUACAUAUCUCAAGCAUAUGACAAGAAGGCACCACCGAACAUGGUUCGGAAAGUCCCGGACACAGCCUCCGUUAACGAGACCACCGUCGAUGACUCUUACACCAUAAUGUUUAGCGACGAAAAUCCUAACUCUUGCUCUAUCAUGUAGAUGGUGUGCUUUUAAUGAGUUAAUUAAUUAUAUUUAUAUAAUAAUAUAUAUUUGUACACAAUAUUAUUCAGUGUAGAAAUAUUGACCUAAAUAAAAAGCAUUGUGUGAA